CAACGCCUCCAGAGUCACGUGAAUGAACGGAAAAGCGGAAAUGCGGCCGAUGUUCAGUAACCAGUGAAAACCUCACACAGGAGAAAAUGACGACAGCGGCUCUGACAGCGGGUCUGGAGCGGAUCCCGGACCAGCUCGGGUACCUGGUCAUCAGUGAGGACGGGGUUCUGGCUUCUGCAGGUGAGCUGGAGAAUGAUGAGCACACAGCUGGUGUGAUGAUGCAGAUGGUUCGCACAGCGAGUCGCUUCCGGUUGUCUGGAUCAGUUGAGCCUCCCUUCAAACGCAUGUCAGUGAUCCUCGAUGACUUCGUCUACACAGUGACAGUUUCCGGUCAGAAAGUCUUUGUGGUCAAACGCCAGAACAACCAACAGGAACCUAUCAACGUUUAGACUCAAACAGGAAGUGAUGCGCCCUCCCAGGGUGUGAGGCCGUGACAGCGACGAUGCUCAGCAGACGUUUACUGCUGGAAGGUCACAUUUUGUCUGUUGAAUUGUGUGAAUUUUAUGUAUCAUGUUUGAUAAAAAUGUCUUUAUUCUGUCUGAUAAAUAAAAGAACUGAAAACUCA